AUGGGCCCCAAAAAAGAAGGAACAACGCGUCCAUCCUUUGGUGAGGAAUAUGGCAAAUUCCUCAAAGUUCUCUAUUAUGGUGCAUCCAGCACCGUCCAACUAUAUGAGAAGAAGGCACCGAUGAUUCAACCGGCCUCACCAUCCUCUGCAUCUCCGUCAAGCCCUGUGAUGGCCCGAUUGAGGCGGGCUUCUACAUCAAAAACAAUCAGGGAACUCUAUGCCGUGAAAGUGUUUCGCCACCCAAAAUUUAAUUCUCCUCAAAUACCUACCUACCCGGAAGAUGAGAAGCCACCGGCCUUAUUGUGUCACCCAAAUAUUGUUGCGAUCACCGACAUCCUUUACAAUAAACAAGCAGAUCUAUGCCUUGUCAUGCCUUACUGUUCGGGCGGCAAUCUGCACUCUUUUCUCUCCUAUGGAGGGAAGCUAAGGGACGACCUCUCAAUCGAGGAGGUCAACUGUCUGAUAAUCCAGAUUCUGCGAGCAGUCGCCUUUUUGCAUGAGAAUAAUAUCGCCCACGGCGACAUUCGGCCGGCGCGCAUUCUCCUCACGGCUCGUGGGGCUGUGAAGCUUGGUGGGUUCGGGGAAGACGAGGACGCGGUCCGAGCCCUGGCACAAUUAUCUCAUAAUGGCAGUAGCAGCUCCGGGUUACCAGCGAAGACCAGAGUCGGCUCAGUAUCGAGUAUCAACAGUAGCAGUGGUUUAACUAUGUGCAUUCGUCAAAAAAUCACAGAUUCAAGCAUCCCAUGGCUUCCUCCAGAACGAUUUGCCAAUCGUCGCGGCUCUCAAACCGAAAACUUCAUAUGCAAAGACGUCCUCAAUAUUAAGGCUGCGGAUGUUUGGUCCUGUGGUAUUAUCUACCUGGCACUCCGUUUUGGGCAGCUGCCCUGGAAAAGUGCGCAGAAAUUGGAUGCCAGCACAUCCUUCGCGGACUACCUCCGAUGUCGUUGUGAGGAAGAUGGAUGGGGUCGUAUACAAGCCCUGGAAAGCCGUUGUCGGAACGUGGUUUAUGCCAUGUUACAUCCCGAUCCUGGACUCAGAAUUACCGCAGAGGAGAUACUGCAAUCUGAGUGGGCUCUGGGCGUUGCGAUUUGUGAAGUUGGAGAGAGGGGACUAUGA